AUGAAAUAUCUGCUGGACGAAGACAUGAUGGUCAUUGAAGCUGCCAUUCUGGGUGCAGCCUUCAGCUGUGGAGGGGGCAGGAGAGGAUAGGAGAGAGGAGGAGAGGAGUAGAAAGGAGGAGUGGAGAGUAGAAGAGGAGAGGGAAGAGAGAAGGCAAGAGGAGAGAAAUGAAUAGAGGAGAGGAUGGGAGAGGAGAAAUGAGAAUAGAGGAGAGGAGUAGACGGGGGCCCUCAAUAGGGUGUCUGUCCCCCCCUCCCCUCUCUUCGCUGGAUGGGCCUGGUGUGGUGGAGGGAGAGUGCUAUAAUCUGGCCGUCUGAUCUGACCGACACUCGGCGGUAGCCUCUCCUCACUUCCCUGCCAAUCCCCACGCAGCCUUUGAACUCCGCCGCCAAGAAAGUAUAGCGCCGCUUUUUCUCCCCUCAGGAAUGAUCAGAAAAAUCAUAAUAAUAAAAUAGAGGGUCGGAAAAGCAGGCAAGCUAGGGCCCUUGAAGAUUGCCAGCGUGCUGUUAAUAACCUGUGAGAGCGUGCUGAGGCGGUGAUGUCAGAGAGCAUUAGGCCUUAUUGCUGGGUUGAGUGACACCUGGGAUUAUUCACGGUAGGGAGGAAUAAAACUGCUUUCAUCAGUGUGUGGCUGGGGCCUGUCUGUUUGAUGUCAGAAUGAAGGAAUCACACACAUACAGGGGGUUUGGGGAAGGGGGCCAGGAGCAGAGUGCACUACAAAAUGGGGUCAAUAAGGGUCAUUACACAGGAACAAGUGCAGAGAAAGAUCAAGGGCCAAUAUAUGUUAGGAACUAAGGAUGGCCCGUCUGCCACCAUAAAGGGUUGCACACAUUGCAUCGUAUGUGGAUCUCCCAUUCAUCUACCGAUCGUUCAGCGCGCUGUUGGCGUCUGACUACCGACAUUUUCGCGAGAUUCUACAUGUAAAAUUGGUUUGCAGUCGGCUCGUACUCCUGGCAGGCACACACUAUAGGUGUGUUGGAACCUUAAGGGCUUCCCUGUCUCUUCAGACCUCUGUUUCAGACUAGAGACUAUCUUGUAACCGUCUGUCAUCAUGACUAAGGAGAAGACAUUUUCUGGACCACAAGGCCUGAUCAGGAAAACGUUAUUUUCAUGUAGAGCCUUAUCUGAGAUGUGAACUGACCUGUUGUGUUUCCUGUUAGGUCACUUCCUGGGGAACCACAGUGUGUUGGACAUCCUGAGACAGGAGGGCUACGAGGUGGUGCACAUACCAUCACACUACCAGGAACCAAUCACAGAGUGAGUACAGAGACACACCCCGCCCACACAGCAGGGCCACAACCCAAACACAUACACACACACAUUGACACGUGUAUGGGCAUUGGGCACUAAUUCAUAUGAACAUUCACAAACACACAGUCUCAGAUUUUACCACAUAAAUUUACAAUCCCACAUCAACUAUAUUCACUCCAGAGCAGAAACACAUUACAUGUACUAAUUGACCCCACAUAGAUGUGCUAAAUGUAGCACACAUGCUUCAGUACAUGUAGUACACCAUUACAACCAGAGCUCAGCUAUGUAGGAAUCCUUUGAUUCCCCCGCCAGCUGUGAAAGCUGGGCCAGCCCACUCCCAGCAGCCUUUUGACACUGAAAGGCCUCAAUCAUCUGCCUCCUGGAGAGGGGUGCUGCAUCUCCUCAAGGAAACCAGCCCCCAGUCUCCCCCGUGAACUCUCCCACCCCUGAACACCCCUGCACGCUGGCACAUGCUCCCUAUCACCCUGCAGGCAGGCAGCAGCAGCAGGACUUGGGGGGUUGAACUAAGGUCCGUGCAGGUUGGGCCCAUUAAAAUAGCAGCGCUAAUGGUUACAACACUCACGUGAACAAGAGUGAAAAUUGACAAAUGAGGAACAACAGGGGAAAUCACAUAAAGCAGAGCUACAGUAAAACAUCUCAUCCAUCCACUGCUUUUACAAACUCACUUCCUUCACUGCAAAUUACAGCUGUAACCAAACCAUUCCUCCCUGGCUCAUACACAGAGCAGGCCCAGCCUCAGCCGUGCUGCAGGCCACAGCAGUUCUGCUUUAAAAGCUGACAAGUGGACUGACUGAUUGUGGUCGGGAAAAAACACACAAAACCCCUCAAAACACUUUGUGAUAUCUGAUAUGAGGUGACACGACAACACAAUGUGGCAGGAAGCUUUUUGGGUGUUUAUGAAGUGUAAACCUCAAAACUGGGCCUGCACCCAGAGGCAUCAUGUGUUUUCUGCUCAAUAGAGAGAUUAUGACAAAAGGAACCAAAGCAAAGUGACUCUGUGUAGAGCGGCUAUAGCCCACAGCAGCCAGCAUCUGUAGACAGUGUAAUACUGGCUAACACAGAGCUGAACACUGUGUGGUCUGGACCUGGGGCCUCAUUAUGAUGUCAAACCUCCAGGGUGUUUACUGACAGGAAAGCAAUAUGACCCUUCAUAUUCAUAGUAGGCAGAAGUUGCUCCUAAAUGUUAAGGCCAAUUUUGGGGUUUUCUGAUCCUAGAUCUGUGCCUACAGGCAACUACCGGUAAUCAGAUAAGGAAGGAAGUGGCAUAGAUGACAGGUAAGGAAUGAACUCCCUGUGGAUUAGUGUAGGGCCAGGUUCCAAUGCUUUUGAAAUGUAUCCUCACGUCCUCCUUUCCUGCUCUCAUGUUGAUCAAAGCAAUGUAACGGAACCCUUACUUUCACCUAUCUGACCGUGUUACAUCCGUGACUACUUCAAGCAAAUUAAUAUGGUAAGGAUGAAUUUCUAAGGUAUUGAGUUGUCAGGGUGGUCGGAGUAGAUCUCACUCAGUCAAGUCUCCACAUGGGGUUACAGCUUCCUUCCUUGUGGCUCAUGGCGGAUUUAGACACUCAGUAAACUCUUUACAAGCACAGAGGGCAUCGUGUCCCUGUUUCAAGUUCAAAGCCCUUUGGACCCUAUAGGUAGGCUAGAGAGCACCAUUGUGGUCACCACACACCGUUACACAUUCACACACAGCCUAUAAGGAGAACCUCCCUAAAAGAUGUUACAUAAUAUACAUAAACUACUCAAUAAUAUUAUUCUGUUAUCUUUCAUCUAUGCUAUUGAUGAGUGAACAUACAUCCAGGUCUAUACCACAAUGCUAUGAUAUUCAAUAAGCAUAGUUCUUUGUACCACAGAAAACCAACAGACAACACCAGCGAUGGGGGCUCCGAUGCGGGUACAGCCUCUCCCUCGGACUGGGUGACCAGUCCCUCAGACCUGGAUGAUGGCCUGGAUGGACUGGAGGGGCUGGAGGAUGAGGAGCUGCCCCACAUGCUGCUGCCAGACAGCCUGAGCCAGCUGGAGGAGUUUGGGAGACACAAGCGCCCCCGGAAGGCCCACCGCGGUCACGGCCGCCCCCGCCUCUUCAGUGACCUGUGGGUCCGCAUCGGUGAUGGGUGAGAGGAGAACAAACACACACAGUAUCUCUAGCUCUUUAUUGAAACCAUCCAAUGGCAACAAAGAGUAUUGUAAAAUGAAGAGCAGCAGACAGUGAAACUGCACACUCAUAGGACAGGUUGAACACUCACACAGCGAGAGACAUUAACAAUAUCUGGCAGAAACAACCGCAAUGUUCCUGUUAACCUGACUGAUCUGGUUUUCUCACCCUCCAGCACCACACCUCCUCAGCCUAAUGUGAGGAUAACCAAUGGCUAUGUGACGGUGGAGCCCCCCCUAACCCACCAGGAGCAGCGCAGGAGGACAGACCUCUACCCCCCCAUGGAGCCCCCCAGUAAGGCUUCCUCCUCUGCCCUUCCCACCCCCAGCUCAGCCAAGCCCAACACUGGCACCACCCACGCCCUCACCUACCUGCUGACAUUGCUUAUCACAUACCUGCUGUUCACCUCCUGA